AUGUCCGAGUCCACGAACCAAAUCGCACGGGUGGUCUCCGUGAUUGCGGGGACAUUGAUCGCCCUGUCCUGCGGAACGAACUAUGCUUACUCGGCAUGGGCCCCUCAAUUCGCACAUCGCAUGAAGCUCUCGUCGACCGAGAGCAACCUCAUCGGUGCAGCGGGGAACUUGGGCAUGUAUGCUAUGGGAGUUCCCAUGGGCCUGUUGACGGAUGCGCGAGGCCCUCGGACCUCAAUCUUGGUCGGCUCCAUUUGCCUUGGUAUUGGAUAUUACCCAAUCCAUCUUGCAUAUAACGGUGGCCAAGGGUCGAUGCCAGUUUUCUUUUUAUGUUUCUUCGCUUUCCUCACGGGAACGGGCGGUUGUGGUGCUUUCUCCGCUGCAAUCAAGACAGCGGCGUCGAACUUUCCUGACCAUCGUGGCACGGCGACUGCUUUCCCUCUGGCCGCGUUUGGCCUCAGCGCUUUUUUCUGGUCGACGGUGUCGACCCUUGCCUUCAAAGAUGACACAGGAGCAUUUCUCCUUCUGCUAGCCCUCGGCACCUCGAUUCUGUCCUUGGUGUCGACGCCCUUUAUCCGAAUUUUUGCCCUUGACUCGUACGCGUCUCUUCAGGAAAGAGACGAGCCGGCUGAGUCAAGAUUGUUGCAUCGGACCAGCGCCCUCCAGUCUGUACCGGAGGAAGUCGACGACGAAGCUCAGGGUUCCGCAGCCGUUGGACAGGGCCAUUUCAAUCAUUCUCGGGGGCAAUCAACGGUCUCCAAUCCGGCGGCUCGUAGCUUCGCCAACUUGGAAAUGGGCGAGUCGUCGUCUCUAAUGUCCAAGGGAGACGUUGUGCGACCGUCUUUCGAUACCCUAGAUGACGACUUCCUAGAUGAGGUGGCCCUCGAGUCUCACCAGGUUGAUAUCCGAGGUCUGGCUAUGCUGCGCAAAGUCGAGUUCUGGCAACUGUUUCUGACCAUGGCUCUGUUGUCUGGAAUCGGAUUGAUGACUAUCAAUAACAUUGGCAACAGCGCCAAGGCCCUAUGGAUCGCCUACGAUUCCAAUGCUUCGUCGCAGUUUAUUCAAGCGCGACAGGUCAUGCACGUGUCGAUUCUGUCCUUUGGCAACUUCCUCGGGCGUCUCUGUAGCGGUAUCGGCUCCGACAUCCUAGUCAAAAAGCUCGGCAUGUCCCGCUUUUGGUGCCUAUUCAUCUCCUCCUGCGUCUUCACCCUCACUCAACUAGCCGGCGCCUCGAUCUCCAACCCACACACGCUCGUGAUUGUCUCCGCCUUCACCGGAGUAGCCUACGGGUUCUUGUUCGGCGUCUUCCCAUCCCUGACUGCUUCCACCUUCGGUAUCAGCGGUCUCUCCCAGAACUGGGGCGUCAUGACCCUGGCCCCGGUCUUCAGCGGAAACGUUUUCAAUCUGCUUUAUGGCAGCAUCUACGACCACCACUCCAUCAUCGGCGAAGAUGGUGACCGUGAGUGUGACGAUGGUCUGGCCUGCUACCGCACCGCCUACUUCAUGACUUUCCUCUCGGGAAUCUGCGGUAUGGGUGUGUGUCUAUGGAGCAUUAUGCGCGAGAAGCGCCUGCAUGGCGCUGUGUACCAGAAGCCCAAUGACCGACUGGAAUAA